UCUGGACCAGUGACUGCACCAGCCCGUCUCAGGAGAUUCUCAUCCGCUCUCAGGCCUGUCACUAUGCCACGGGUGGAUGCUGACCUCAAACUGGACUUUAAAGAUGUCCUUUUCAGACCAAAGAGAAGCAGUCUGAAGAGCAGGUCUGAGGUUGACCUGCAGAGGACCUUCACAUUCCGGAACUCAAAGCAGACAUACAAUGGCAUCCCGAUCAUCGCUGCUAACAUGGACACCACCGGCACUUUUGAGAUGGCACAGGUGCUCAGCAAGUACACUCUCUUCACAGCCAUCCAGAAGCACUACUCCCUGGAGGAGUGGAAGACCUUUGCUGCCAGUCAUCCAGAGUGCCUUGAGCAUAUCGCGGCCAGCUCAGGCAGUGGAGUGGCGGAUCUGGAAAAACUGUCCAGCAUCCUGGAGGCCAUUCCUCUCAUCCAGUACAUCUGCCUGGACGUGGCCAAUGGCUACUCGGAACACUUUGUGGAGUUUGUCAAAAAAGUUCGGGAAAAGUUUCCUAAGCACACCAUCAUGGCAGGAAAUGUGGUGACAGGAGAGAUGGUGGAGGAACUCAUUCUGUCUGGAGCUGAUAUCAUUAAAGUGGGCAUUGGGCCAGGUUCUGUGUGCACCACACGCAUUAAGACCGGUGUGGGUUAUCCUCAACUGAGUGCUGUUAUUGAGUGUGCUGACUCGGCCCAUGGACUGAAAGGACACAUAAUAUCUGAUGGAGGCUGCAGUUGCCCCGGGGAUGUUGCCAAAGCUUUUGGCGCUGGGGCAGAUUUUGUCAUGCUGGGAGGAAUGUUAGCGGGACACGAUCAAUGUGCUGGUGAAGUCAUUGAGAAAGAUGGCAAGAAGUUCAAGAUGUUCUAUGGGAUGAGCUCGGACACAGCCAUGAAGAAGUACGUCGGAGGGAUAGCAGAGUACAGGGCAUCAGAGGGCAGGACGGUCCAGGUGGCCUACAAAGGUGACGUCGAAAACACCAUCAGGGACAUCAUGGGUGGUUUGCGGUCCACAUGCACAUAUGUAGGAGCUGCCAAACUCAAAGAACUGAGCCGCAGGACAACCUUCAUCAGAGUCACACAGCAGUCUAGCCAAAUGUUCACCUAGUCCCACAGGCUAAACAAACAUGCACACUCACAAAUACAGAUUCACCAUUACUAGGUAAGGAAUAGUUCAGCUGCUAAUGCAAAUUGAAUUUUGGGUGAAAUGAGCAGCAUAAUUCUACCAUAAAGAGGAGAGGAAAGACAUUCAUGAACAUAUUUCCCUCUGUCUUCCAGUUUUCUGUGCUCCAUAGAUACUCAGGAACCUUGCUGUAUACAAUUUCUUUGGAAAACCAAUGUUGUAGCAUGGCUCAAUUUAGUUCAUUUACAACCUUUAAGUUCUUUAAAGUAUGCAAUGGGGUUGCAUCUGUACGAGAGGGUGAAUAAGGAAACAACUAAUAAGUCUCUUGACAGGAAAAUACUAGUGGUAUGAUUCAUUCUAACCCAUUCUCUCCCUAUAGUAUAGCAACUGAAAGAAAUGCAUGCUAGUGAAGAAUUUACACACCAGCAGAGAAUCUUCUCUGCCACUUUAUGCUCGCUCCUGCGUGUUGUGCUCUAAGUUUGAGUUGAUUUGUGCAGAGAUUGGUGCAUUGGUGUACUGUUGUGAACUAUUUCUGCUGGCCUGCUUCCUUUGUGAUUGUACAAUGGGUGUGGUGGGAUGUCAUAUCAGACCAGAGGAAUGUGAAACCUCCUGCACCUCAUUUCAUCAACAUGCCUUGUGCAGUUUAGAUGAGGUAGAAAAUACAGGAUUAAAUGUGUUAUGAGUAAAACAUUACAUAUGGAGGAAUAAACAUCUGAAUGAAACCUGU